AUGGCCUCCUCUUCUGCCACUCCUAAUAACCAUUCAGGCUCUUUCUCGACGCGGGCUGCCAGGACUACUCAUCAGGAGCCCGAGCCGGUCGUAUCUUCUUCGUACGAAAAUCCCCAGCAACCGGUACAGGAUUUCAAUUUCAACUCGGAUCACCAUAGGACACCACAUCUACUUCUAGCAGCGCCGGUGGCCCUCGAUAGAUUCCAAUCUCAGUUUGCCAGUGGCUUCACCAGAGCGGUUAAUGUCGACCGUGGGGCAAGUGCCGACGUCACGACAGACUGUACAACCCGCAACCAGUCACCAUUGCGUGCGUAUCUUUCCCCGGGGUACUCGAGUGUGCAUAGUCCAUCCAUGGCAAGUGAUGGCAUGUAUGAGCACUCCCAAGACUCGAACAGGGCUUGGCUGAUGACACCAACAAGAGACAUCGAAGGAAACACUCCCAACUGCACUGCAACUCCGGCACCUUCGAGAAGGGCCGGAGAUAGUAGCGAGGCAUUGCUUCCUGGCUUCGACUCUUCAACCUCCGAAACUACGACAACGAGUUGGUUAUCGCAUCCAUCAAGUACACAACAGCCGGGGCAGAUAAACUAUCACUCCACGGGAGACCAGUCCAUCAACAGCAUGGCAACCAUGCCGCCACAGCAGUCCCAGGGCGUCCCAUUGCAUUACCAUCUCUCCAACUUCCCAGAGCACCCUACUCCAAACUUGCUAUUUGGAAACACGACCAAUUUCGCGGAAAGCCCCGUACCGAACGAAGCUCCCUCAUUUGACAAUCAUAGUUUCGAUGGCCCUGCAGCUCGGUUCCGCGAGUCUCAUGCCAACAUGUACACCAUCAACAGCGGCACAGACGGACAUUUGGUAACAGGUACCGUUGUCGCUACGGCCCUUGGACAACCCCAUGACCCCGAUAGAAAGCCUAUGCAGUGCAAGUCUUGCAAAUUUAUCAUUGCAGAUGCAGCAGAGGAGAAGAUGCAUGACCUGCAAUGUGAGCGGAUUCCUUGUUUGUUCCAAUUUGCCGGAUGUAGAUCCAGGUGCAAAGGGAAGAACGAAUGGAAACGACACAUCAGAACACAGCACUUGCUAGAAGAAGCAUUUGUGUGUCCAUCGUGCGAGUCCAAGGUGUUCAACCGCAAAGAUCUCUUCAAGCAGCAUUACAUCCGGAUGCACUGCACCAAAGAGGAGGCCGAAGCACUGAGGAAGAGGCAGUGUUCCACGGUGUUCCAAAAGAAACUUGAAGAGUUGCAGUUGCAAGCCGUUCGUGCAGAUCAACCUGCACACCCAAGGGCAGACCAUUGCUUCAUGAUGGGCUGCCAAACCACGUUCGCCGAGGAAGACUCCUGGGGAAAAUGUUUGGAACACGUCGCCAAACAUCAGGAGGCUGUAAUGAGAGGCAAGGAAGAGAUACGCGAUUUCCAAUUCACAGAGGAGCAACUACGUUACUUUCAGGAUGUUGGGGCUCUGGCUCGCAAACCAGACGGCGAAUGGGUUCUUGGUCGGCAGUCUGACGGAGAGAGGGCUCGGACAAACAAGAAGAAGAAUCCGAAACCACAAACUGACGCCCGGCCAGGAAGGUCUGCGGUUUCAAAAUCUCAGCGUUACCGGCAACGGUAG